AACUUAUUUGAACAAUUUUCGUGAAUUUUGGGAACAUUUUCGUGCGAUUUCAGAGCUAAUUAAAGUCGUUUACAACUCCCGACGCCGUCUUCGUUGGAAAAGUCUGAAAAACUUGCUCCUCCCGAAAAUGGCAUCGCUGCGAUCACUCGGUCUGGUUAACACAAAUCCUCAUCUCAACACAAAUAAAAGCAAGAAAUCGCAACCCACGCUUCCAACGAAAUCGCUUAAAGUUUCCCGGACGCCUGCGAAAUUCGCUCUGCAAGAUGUGACCAACAGCACCCAAAAACAGGCAGCGGAACGCAUAAACGUAUUUAAAGACCGCAACGCCCGGCGUUCCACGGAAAAAUCGCUCAAAGCCCCGACAAAAGAGAUCCUGCAAAGUAUUACCCCAUCGACGAAGAAACCGACCGCUGGAAAAGGCGCCCCAAAGUUCAACAUUUUUACGCCACUGGAUGCCGAGUACCAGUGGGGUGCCGCCGAUUGUCGCUUGCGGGAUGAUCUGUUAGAGCAGAUGAUCAACUGUGAUCUCGUGACGCCUUCCGCGGAACUCGAGAAGCAGCCCCUUCCGAAACCGACACGGUCGGACCUGCUGGAUCUUCCCGAACUGGACGAACCUUGGGAUUACUUCGACCAGCACUGCAAAUUGAAUCUGCUAGAUGCACCAUCACAACUCAAACCAUUGGCACUUCCGGCGGACGACUUCCCGCUUGUAGAUAUUCAAGAUCUAGAGUUUAUAUUCUAAUGAUGGUUGCCAUUCUUGCGUCUAGUGUUAAUUUUGACUGAAAUCUCAUUAAUCAUCAACCAUCUAGCCAUGUAACUCGCGUUUAAUAUAUACUAUCGAUCGUUCGAUGACGCGAAAAUUGUUUUCUUGUACAAGUAUUUAAUAAAAUAAAAUA